UCUCAAUCCCCGGGGCCCCUCAUAGCUUCCACAUUACCGUUCCGCGACGCGCAGGAGCGGCUAUCAAGACCUGAGUUUCUUCUGAACGCUGCGAACUGUACAGCCUUCGUUUCCGGUUCUCGAAUUCCCCUAAUUGUGACCGCGACAAUGUCCCGACCUCUCUCUCUUUUCAGCGUCUCCGCGAUCCUCAUUCUUGCAAUCGAUGAUGGAUCGCGAAUUCUUACCAAGUACUACUCGAAUCCGCACCCUCCUGCCGGUAAUCCCAGCGAGUACCCCGGUCAGAUAGCAUACAAAACGGUGAAGGACCAAAAGGCAUUCGAGAAGGGGCUGCUAGAGAAAACCGCAAAACAAACAACGGACAUCAUCCUGUAUGAUCAGAAGGUGAUUGUAUUCAAGAUGGAAUCGGACGUUAUGCUCUAUGUUGUGGGCGGUCCUGAAGAGAAUGAAGUCUUGCUAUACAGUGUUGUUCUGGCAUUACGGGACUCCCUCAACAUCUUGUUGAAGAACUCUGUCGACAAGCGCACAGUCAUUGAGAACUACGACCUUGUGUCCCUUGCUGUGGACGAGCUCGUUGACGACGGCAUCAUCCUGGAAACGGACCCUGUCGUUGUUGCCUCGCGAGUUAGCCGGCCGCCAGCGCAGGACAUGACUUCCAUGAAGAACAUCGACCUUUCGGAACAGGGCUUCCUGAACGCGUGGGAGUUCGGAAAGAGGCACUUGGCGGAGCGGAUACGCCAAGGGCUGUGAUCCUGUUGUUGAAAGCGUUCUAUGGCGUUUGGAGUUGGGGUAAAGUGACUUCAGCAUGCAUCUUGGACCUCGGCAUUGUGGAAGUGGACAGUGGAUAUACCUUAGACAGCCGAAGCCUACAAGUCAUGAGCACGAUUGCCGGUCCCU